AUGCGAUCUUCUAUCAUCAUUAUUCUAUUGGCUCUAAUCGUAGUUGUGAUAUCAGUACCAAUCAAAACAGAUAACAAGAAGGCUGAGAAACCCAGCAAACGUCCACCAGCACCUCCACCAUCACCACCAUCAUCACCAAAUGGCAGCUCCUCUCACCCACCACGUUCAACAGUAACUGGUACUCUGCCAGAUGAUAGCCACGAACGUGGUCCUCGAACGAAGGGUUCUACUUCAGUUGGUACUCCACCAAGCAGUACUUCAACACUAGCUGCUAUCGUCUAA